GUCCUCCGUCCCAUAGAUCGCUAAUAAAUUCAAAACAUUCCAGUAGCUACAGGCCACAUACACCAAAGGUCCAGAGGGCGGAGUGAAGGUUGGCUGUUGCAAAGGCCUGUGUUCAGCUCCACCACAAGAUUGAUCUGAUGUACGCCAAGCGCUCCUUGGUUCAUUGGUGUGAGGAUGAGGGCAUGGCGGACGGAGGAUUCUCUGAGGCCAGGAAGGACAUGGCUGCACUGGAAAAGGAUUAUGAGGAGGUUAGAAUUGCCACAAAGUUACCUGAAGCAAGUUCUAUAUAAGUUCUGAAGUUUUUUCACAUGGUGUUUAGUUUUGAAGAAUUUUAAAAUGUUGACACCACAACCAAUUUUUGGAUGAAUGUUCAUGGUUUGAAAAUAAUUAUUUAUGUUCGAACUUUACAUUCCAUUGUGUGAGUUUAAUCUACAUACCGGGGAUCCAGGAGGCCUGAAGGCUGCAGGCUGCUCUGCAUUACCUGGAUGAGAUGUUGCAGGUCUUUGCUUUCUUGAUGGGAACUGGGUCGUACCUUUGCUGCUGAUGGUUAGAUCUUUAAAAAUGCCUUCCACCCUGAGGGCGGCGUUCCACAUCUCAGCGUUCGGCUGGUACACUUUCAUUGUGAAUUAUCUGGCAGCAAAGGAUGGAGAGGAGCUACCUGCAGGACUCUUCGUCUAUGGAGGACCAUGGAAGUACCUCACCUUCCUGAACUUGUUAUUGCAAAUGACGUUCUUCGGCCUGGCAGCAGUGAACGAUCUCCAACCAGGGAAGAAGGCAGAGAGCGUGCUGAACAGAUGGAAGGACCUCCUCUUCUCCGUCUUUGCCUUCCCUGUAGGGACGUUUGUGGUUGUGCUCUUCUGGACGAUCUUUGCCUAUGACAGAGAGUUAAUCUACCCGGCAACCAUCGAUGCCUUCCUCCCUCCCUGGAUAAACCACGCCAUGCACACAUCGAUCCUUCCUGUUUUGCUUGGAGAAGUGCUGGUGCAGCCUCACACGUACCCACAGACGAGGCAUGCCCUGGCAGCGCUAUCAGUCGUGGGCUUGGUUUAUUUAUCCUGGAUCGUGUGGAUUUAUCUGGCUGUGGGAGUUUGGGCGUAUCCCCUCCUUGGACACUUCAGCGCCGCUGGCCUGCUGGGCUUCUUCUUCUUCAACAUGGCGGUGGCGUCCCUGCUCUACCUGCUCGGCGACCGGCUCAACAGUCAAAUCUGGAGUGAGAUGUUUACAUUUAUUCAUGGCGUUUAGCCUCUUUGUGUGGGUUUCUCCUUUAUAUCGCUGCUCUUUUGUUUUCUUCAUUCCAGGAAAGGACAAAGUGGAUUGAUUUCUGCACGUCUGAGACAGCUGUACCCCAUAUAACUACAAUUAUUGUUUCCAGGUCAAAACAAAAAUACAUGACAAGAAUCCAAGCAGCAUAAUAAAUCAGCUUCCACACGCUA